UUCGGCCAAUUCUCCCCGCGCGAACCCCCAUGCCUAGAGGCUGGCUCAGUGUGGCCGCAUCCGCCGCGCGCGCCGCCCGUCCCGACCCCGCCGUGUGUUCCCGCCUUAAUUACUGCAAACAAUGGUAACACGUCAGUAGUUUUUGCACGACACACGGAUUGGUCCUGAGUUAACCAGCCAGUGAUGUGAUGACGCAGGCCCGUGAGCCCCUCGGCAUCAUGGACGGCAACCCCAACGUCGACUUCUCCACCAAAACCAAGCGCGGAGUCUACCUCUCCAAGAGCCUCGCUUUCAUCAUCCUAGUCAUCUUCGCUCUAGCCCUAGUCGCUACUUCCUUCAUAGUCUACAACUUCGCCGCUUGCCCAAGAACCGACCAACUCGCCAAUGUCACCAAAUACGAACUUAAUCACUGCGACACAUCCAAACAACUACUAGUAAUUCCACUAACAACUGAAAAUACUAAAAGUGUCAUACCUUUAGAAACUACACCAGCACCUGAGGUUUUUGAAGAAGAUGAAACAACUGUUCAAGAUGUAAGAUUACCUACUUAUGUGAAACCUGAGAAAUAUUUCCUAAAGCUAACUCCUUAUAUUUAUGAAGGCAAUUUCACAUUUGAUGGGUUUGCUAGUAUAACUUUGAAUGUUAGAAACAAUACGCGGAUUUUGACUUUUCAUGGAGUGGAAUUAUCUUUCGAUGAUAUUAUUUUGUAUCAGAAAGAUACUGGACGGCGAAUAAAGAUUGACCAAAGGACAGAAGAUGUACCGCGGCAGUUUCAUAUAUUGAAAUUAUAUGAUACGUUGUAUGUAGGAAAACAGUAUGUGUUGAACAUAACAUAUACAGGGAUACUGAACGAUAAUCUACACGGAUUUUACAGAAGUUCUUAUGAAGAGAAAAAUGUAAAAAGAUGGAUAGCCGUAACGCAGUUCCAAGCGACGGACGCCCGCCGCGCGUUCCCGUGCUGGGACGAGCCAGCCCUCAAGGCUCGCUUCACCAUCAGCAUCGCUCGGCCAAGGAACAUGACAUCUGUAUCCAACAUGAACAGCGUUGGUACGCAGCAGCACGAAUCCCUCAAGGAUUACAUCUGGGACCACUACGCUGAAUCCCUCCCCAUGUCAACAUACCUCGUCGCGUUUGCCGUCACCGACUUCGGCAAGAAAAGCGACAGCAACUUUACCGUCUGGGCCCGGAAAGAAGCACUCCAAUCUGCAUCUUAUGCCCUGGAGAUUGGACCGAAAAUCCUGCGAUACUUGGAGGAUUAUUAUAAGAUUAAGUUCCCGCUGCCCAAGAUUGAUAUGAUUGCGUUGCCGGAUUUCAAGGCCGGUGCUAUGGAGAAUUGGGGGCUUUUGACAUUCAGAGAAAUCGCCAUGCUGUACGACAGCAGCAACUCGCCGACGACAGCGAAGGCACGCGUCGCCGCAGUAGUUGCCCACGAGAUCGCCCACCAGUGGUUCGGGAACCUGGUGACACCAGCGUGGUGGUCCGAUAUCUGGCUGAAUGAGGGGUUCGCGUCCUACGUGGAGUAUGUGGCUGUUGAUGCUGUUGAAAAAACUUGGAAGCUGAUGGAAGUAUUCGUCCUGAACGAAGUGCAGAGCGUAUUCAAGCUGGAUGCUUUGACGUCUUCCCACCAGAUCUCCGUGGAGGUGGGCAACCCUGAGGAAAUCGGCGCCAUUUUCGACAAGAUUUCAUAUGGAAAAGGCUCCGCCAUCCUCCGCAUGAUGAACCACUUCCUAACCGAUGACGCCUUCAACGCCGGUAUAACAGAUUACCUGACCGCCAAGAUGUACGGCGACGCCGAACAGCGCGACCUGUGGAGCGCCCUCACCGCCGCCGCCAGGAGGAAGGGCGCCUUCGACGCCGACGUCGCCGUGGUCAUGGAUUCCUGGACGCUGCAGACUGGCUUCCCAGUACUCACUAUUACUAGGGAUUAUAAUAGUGGCGUUGUUUCUUUUAAACAGGAGCGCUUUGUCCUGAUCAACAACGGCGAAAGCAAGGAGUCUCCAGUAUGGUGGAUCCCGAUAUCGUAUACAACGGCUACAGAGUCCGACUUCGAGUCCACGAGGCCGAAGCUCUGGCUGCGCGGGGAGAGAUCAAAAGUCGUCAGGAAUAUGUCUAUCGCUAAGGACGACUGGCUGAUUGCUAAUAUACAGCAGACAGGUUUCUACCGCAUCAACUACGACCAACGCAACUGGCAGAUGCUGAUCAAAAUCCUCAACGAUCCGAAACGCUUCCAGGAGAUCCAUCCCAUCAACAGGGCUCAGAUAGUCGACGAUGCCAUGAACCUAGCUCUAGCUGGAAGGCUAGACUACAAGACGGCCUUAGACAUCACCAGUUAUCUCGUACAUGAGAGAAGUUAUGUACCUUGGAAAGCGGGAUUAGUGGCCCUAGGUUACAUCGACACCAUGCUGUCUAAAGGAGCUUAUUAUCUAGAGUACAAGCGUUACGUGCUCAAACUUCUGGACGGGGCAGUCAAAGACAUAGGCUGGGACGUGGCGGCCAACGAGAGCGUGGUCCGCGCGCAGCAGCGGGUGGACCUGCUGUCGACGGCUUGCCACCUCGAGCACGACGAAUGUUUGAGAACCGCUGUCGUCAAGUACACCAAUUGGAUGCUCACGCCGAAUGCUGAUGCUUUGAAUGACAUCCACGCAGACAUCCGCAGCACGGUGUAUUGCGUGGGCGUACAAACCGGCAACGCCCGGGAGUGGGACUUCGCGUGGGACCGCUUCAGAGCCGCCAGCGCGCCUUCUGAACGGGAGCUACUUCUAUCAGUACUGGGUUGCACGAGAGCUCCUUACCUGUUGUACAGAUAUCUGGAGCUGUCUCUUCGCAACGAUAGCGGCAUCCGUAAGCAAGACACUUUGCGCGUCUUCUCCGCAGUAGCUAGUUCUGCCAUCGGCCAGCCCAUAGCCUUCAACUUCGUUCGCGCCAACUGGCAGAGGCUAAAAGAGUUUGUCGGCUCAGCUUCAACCCUCGCUUCUAUCGUGAAGGUGGUGACGAGGCGAUUGAACCAACCGCAUGAAUACGAAGAGCUAAAAAGAUUCGUAGCAGAAUACUGCACUGAGCUCGGCCGUCCAGUCCAGCAAGUCCUAGAGCGAACAGAAGCCAACAUUCAGUGGAUGCAGAGGAACUACGAGCCUAUCGUCGAUUGGCUGCUAGCCGCGGACAAAGCGAAUACUAAAGCGUGAUUGGUCGGAUUCUAGUGCGUUGUGUACAGAUUAUAGAUAACUUGAUGCUUUGAAAAGUUUGAAGAAGUGAGCUUUAAGAAGUUCGCAUAUUGAGCUAUCCCUGUAACUUAUAUUGCCUUUAGACAUAUAAUACACAGUAUCACAGAGGUGUAAUUCAGAUGGUGAAGAUAUAAAAAACGAUUUGCGUACUAGUAUCUACUAGAAAAAAAAAUGAAUUUAAGUGCUACCAACGCAAAAUAUGUCAAUGUACGAAAUUCUUCUGGCUUACUAACCACGUUUUAGAUAAUUAAAUACCUACCGUUUUGGCACCAAUAUUGUGCUUUCAAUGUGAACAAAAAAGUGGAUCGAUUUGAAGAAUGAUAUCAAGAAGCACGCUAUCCAGUUUUGGAGGAAGUAUCUUAAUAUUCCAACAUUUUUGAGAGGACAAAGCCUCUCAAAUCUUCCUUCUCAUAAAAUUCGUAACAGCCAAUUGAAAACCCAGUUUGAAAUUGUAAUUUGUUGUGGUAGUAUAAUUUCGUCGGUCAUCGCAUCUCAAUCGAUUACUCGUGAAGUGGUUAAGGACGAUGUGUAAUGAACCCUCGCGGACGUCAGCUGGCGCUCCGUUGGUAUACUUUUAUGCGUUGUCGGACAUAAGGCCUCUCUCAAUGUGUCUUAGAAACGUCAGAUAUACGAAUAAGAUAGUUAGAAGUAAUUUUCUACUUAUAUCAGUCACAAUUUAGUAAUAUUAUACUAGUCAAGGAUUUCAUCGGUUUACGGAUUCUCUUAUUGAUACCAAAGUUCAUUAUGUAUGUAAUAUUAAUGGAUUUUGAAUUUUCAUGGACCAAAUACAAAAUGUUCAACUUUAUAAGCACGCUUUCAUAGACGGUUCGACAAAUAUAAUUUUAAGAUUUUAGUUUGAAUCUAGGGUAAAAUACCCUGUUGUCGGUACCACGGUGCCAGCGGGCACCUAAGACUUUAUUUUUGUGGUGCUUUUCCUAUAAAAUAAAGUAAAUUGGAAAGUAGCCUACCUAGCGUGAGAUAUUGGAAUUUCAGGAUUGCAACUGGCAUUUUUGCAACCAAAUAGUCCUCUUUGCAUGAUCUUGCGCAAGGGCUCUCUAAAACAUAUAAAAGUACUAACCAUCAUAAAAAUAUAAAAUGAGAAAAUUAUAUUUGCCGAACAUGUAUUACACUUAAGUUUAAUAAUGAUAGUAAGUUUUUAUUUUAAUAUUUGUGUAUUAGCACUAUACAAGUAGGCAAUUGGAAUAAAUUGUGUUAAAUCCGAAAUUAAAUAUUGAUAUUAUUAUGAACAUAGUACGGAGAAGUACCUACUAGUAAAUUUUAAACGUAGUUACCUAUACUAUAUUAUUAUUGUGUUCAAAAAUCAAUCACAGAAUUCACAGAUACCUAAGUAAAAUGACACCAAGCUUUUGUACGUAAUAAGUUAGUUUAAUAUUGAAGUCAUUACAUUUUUAUGUUCUUUUCUCGUUCAUGUUGUGAUCGCAAUUAUUUUGUAAUCCAGUUACUUAUUAAUAUUGUUCAUUAAUCUUUUACAUCACAAAACGUAUUUUUCUCAGUAUUAUCAUAGAUCAUAACUAUUGGAAAGAAUAACAUUAUACUCUAUAUCUUUAGGUAUUUAAAUAAAAGUAAACACAAUCUACCCUCAAAUACAAUACAAUACAAUACCAUUUAUUUCUCUCAUAUAAGCUUACAGUAGUUUACCAAUUAGCUUACACGGUAAAAUAGAAGAUAAGACACAUUAACAAAUUAUAAAUUCAAAAAAGAAGUAAAAACUCAAAUACAGUGAAAACAAAACAAAUAGAAUAACAAAUAAACAAAUAGCGGCAUAGCCUUAAACAAAGGUAAAAAUUUAAUAUUAACUACCAAGUUCGGUAUGGUUUAGAGCAGACAUGGUGGCAAUGAUAAAUUUGCCCAACCUGUCAGAAAAUAAGUCAAAUGGCUCCUUAAGCUAGUUGAGGGUAGAAGAAAACAUUACAAUGUAAAGUCAAAUCGUUCAGUGACUGAUCCAGGCGGUUUUGUAAUUGGUCGGUUAACCCGGUACUCGAAAAUGUACAAAUUGUUUGUUUACUUUUAUUUAAAUACCUAAAGAUACAGACUGUUAUAGGUAUGAAUAUUAGUCAUUCUAACUGAUAGUGUCAAGUCUGCAAUAUAGUAGUGAGUCAUAUUAAAAAUAUUAACGAAAUCUGAAAACAACGUUUUAGUCACAUUUGGAAAUCCGGCUUUUUAAUUAAUUAACUUAAUCAUACAGUUCUUAAGUUUAUUAAAAUUCCGAUUUAUAUCAAGUUUAUUAAUCUUAUCUUAUCUAUUAAAUUCGAAUAGGUUUGAGUCAGCAAUGACUUUGAGUUUUUGAUUUUAUUGGCAAUACGCAUGAAUGUACGGUCAAAGAAUUUAAUUUCAGUACCAUUUCGUACCUUGUCAUAUUGACAAUAAUAUGAAGUCGCUAGCGACUUUCAUAUUGAUUGUCAUUGUGACAAGGUACGAAAUAGUAGGAAAUUAAAUUAUGUGGCUUUGCAGUCGUCUGGCGACUAUAGGGGUCACUAUGGGUGACUAUGGGUGGGUCAUUGUCGUUAGCUAUAUUUCAAAUAGAUUCUAUUUAAUAGUAGAUCUGAAAAUAUUUCUCAAUUAUUAUUUCUCAAAAUUAUUUAGGAAAUUCUAUCCUUUAAGACACUGUUGCACAUCAAGCAAAAUUAAUAAGUAAAGCAAACUUAAAGCAACAUUUUAAAUAAAUAUUGAUCUACAAAUAUUUUAAUUAAUGUCGUGUUAUUAUAAGUACCUUCACAGUUGUUUGUACCUUAUAUUUAUUUUUAGAUACUAGGUUUUAUGUAAAUAAAAUAUGAAUUGUAAAUUAAUGUAACAAUCUAUUUCCUAUUGCAUAUUUAUAUGAAUUAGUCGAAAUAUACGAUUUAAGUUUAUAA